CCCUGGAGAGUUCAAUGGAUUUAACAUAAAUUAUGUAGAUAGAAAUGACCUGAUACAGACUAAUGUCGGACCUUACCUGAAUAUUGAAACGUGCAGUAAGGUAAACUUAGUGUCCGCUGUGUUUUCAGAGCUGUAUGGUUUUGAUGUCCUUAUUGAUGACACUCUCAAGCCAUGGCUGUUGGAAGUGAACCUAUCCCCAUCAUUGGCCUGUGAUGCUCCUUUGGACCUGAAGAUCAAAGCUAGCAUGCUCUCAGAUAUGUUCACUCUUGUAGGCUUUGUGUGCCAGGAUCCAGGCCAGCGGUCAAGCCGAGCCAUUUAUCAUUCAUUGGAAUCUGUCAGGAGAAAUCCAUACCAGAAGCUGCAGCGUCCUGUGUCUGCACAGUCACAAACAGCAAACACCAGAUUGCGCACCCGUCCUCUGUCUGCCAGUGAUGCUGAAAUUAAAAACCAGAUGCCUUCAGGCAGGGAAAAAGCAACAGGAAGGCAAGGCAGCUCUGUGCUAGGUCUCUCCAUGGAGGAGAUAAAAGUUCUUCGUCGAGUGAGAGAGGAAAACGAACGGAGAGGAGGCUUCAUCCGGAUAUUCCCUACCGCAUUAACAUGGGACCUUUAUGGAUCCUUUUUAGAGCACAAGACAUCAAUGAACUACAUGCUAGCUACACGUCUGUUUCAGGACAGGAGCAAGAUGAAAAGAGACUUCAUCACUGGAAGAUCCCGAGCAGGUCUUAAUGGAAGGCUGGAUACGAGGCUGGAAGCUGUAGACUCUCAUGCUCUCUUUUAUGAGAGAAAGCUUGUUUCACUGGAGUUACGGAAGCGCCGGCGAUGUCAUGGCAAGGCUAGAGCAGCAAGGACAAGAUCAUCAGGGACAUCAGAACCAGCAAAGCUGUCCCUCAAGUCAGAAACAGAAGAUGAGGAAGAAGGGGAGGUGGAUGCAGAUGAAGAUGAAGAGCUAGAUAGAACGGUUGGUUCUCUUUCGGACACCCAGAUGAAAAGCAAGCCAAAGCUGUCUGACUUGGUGAAAACUGCUUGUGAGGAGAAGUUGCCAAAAACACUUGACAAGAAAACUGGAGAUGGAGGAGAGCUGUUUCCUCGGAAAACAGACUCAGAACCACAGUUUAACUUGCUGCAGAUUCUUCAAAAGCAUGGAAACCUGAGCAAAGUGCAAGCUCGCAGGGCUUUCUCUGCAUAUCUACAGCACGUUCAGUUGCGAUUGAUGAAGGAAGUUGGUGACCAGAUCCAGAAUCCUGUCUGGGCUGCCAAAGAGGAUGAGCAAAUGGAGCUUGUGGUACGCUUUCUGAAGCGAGCUGCCAGCAAUCUUCAGCAGUCCUUGAGGAUGCUGCUCCCCAGCCGUCGUCUAGGACUAAAUGAUCGUCGUCGUAUCCUGGCUCACCAGCUGGGCGAGUUCAUAAUCUGUUAUAACAAGGAAACGGAGCAGAUGGUUCAGAAGCAAUCAAAAAAGAAACAGGAAGAGGAGGAAGAGGGAGUGAAUCCUGAAGGUUUUCAGAACUUUAUUACCAGAGCAAGUGAAAGUGACCUGGAGGAAGUGCUGACAUUUUACACACACAAAAACAAGUCCGCGAGUGUCUUCUUAGGAACAAACUCCACGAGCACAAAACCCAGCAACACCAGUAACCAGUCAGAGAAACAGCAUCAAGGAGAGCAUCCUGAAGUGGUGAAAAAAAUAAAAGGUGAUAAGCUCAAAAUUUCAGUUGCAGAUCUGCCUGCAGAAGGAGUAUUCAGAGGCUAUAAAUCCAAAGAAGUUAAAUCAGCCUUUCCAGAAGGAACCACCUUCUCUAUAAAUGCUGAAGUGAAAUUACCUCAGUGCGGCCCUCCUAGUGCUUCGUCCUCUGUUUCUGGUGCCAUGUUCCAGAGAAGUACCAGUUCCUGGAUACCAUCGCAGCCUGCAGCCUCUGAAAAUUCACAGGCGCCUGGUCACCAUUUGUUGCCAGCUCCUCCAGUUGGUCCCAGGCUGAUUCAGUCUGCAUCCCCACUACCCUCCUCACAGAGCACAGCUCCUGACAGCUCUUCUGUCUUCACAAACUCAGCGUCCAGUGAGGUUUCUAGCCUUGCAGGUUUACAUCGCUGUUGUUCUGGUAGCUACACCAUUGGCCCAUUCUCAUCUUUUCAGAGAGCUGCUCAGAUCUACAGCCAAAGAUUGUCCCGACCAUCCUCUGCAAAAGUAGGUUUGUGCCAUCGCAGUCCAAGUGGGCAGCGUGUGGGCUCAGCCAGGAUGCACAAAGAUGCAGAAGAUACUUCUUCCCAGGGCAAAAGUUAUAGCCCCAGUAUGGUAGCAGCAGAACUGCAGCAGCUGACAGAAAAGCAAGCAGCCUGUCAGUAUUCCCCACCAAGCCACAUCGGUCUCCUUACACAGCAGAUUAGAACUAUUGAUUUGGAGAGUGGGUGUGAAAGGAGACUUUUGAAAAUACUACUGUUUGCUGUG